GGUGGGUCGGCCCAAACCCGCGGAUGAUCCGCCCGCAUGCCCAACCCUACAUAUGGGUUCCGUAUCUUGACUAUACGCCUGUUGGCAACUACAUAUCGAAGGAGGGAAGGGGUUACUGCGUGGAGUAUCUAAAACUGGCGGUGAAGAAGCAAGCCAAGGCGUAUCUGAGUGAAGCCAGAUGGUUGGCGCGGAAGGUGGUGCCGAGCGUGGAGGAAUACAGGCGGGUGGGCGUCUACUCCUGCGGCUACCCUCUGCUUGCAGUUGCAGCGCUGUGCGGAAUGGCUGAAGAUAAUAAAUCCCCCAGAGAGGUCUUCGAGUGGCUGCUUGCCGAUCCCGCCAUUCUCGUCGCUUCCUCCGAUCUGUGCCGUCUCAUGGAUGAUGUUGUGUUCCAUGAGUUUGAGCAAGAGAGGAAGCAUGUUGCAUCGUCGGUUGAGUGUUAUGUGAAGCAAUUUGAAGUGGGGAAUGCGGAGGCACGUGACGCCAUCAACGAAAUGAUCCAAGAGGACUGGAAGAAGAUCAACAAGGAACUGCUAAUUAUCAAACCACCGUCAUCAGCAGCGACCAGUUUCUCCGAGUUCGGACCGAUGAAAGAAGUUAUGUCGGUGUUUCUGGGUCUCGCACGUGUAAUGGAGGUGUUGUACAAGGAUUCUGAUGGCUACACACACUCCACCAAAGACACCAAGGACGUCAUCACCUCUUUGCUCGUUACUCCAAUGAUCAUUUGA